UGAAACAUUGAAGAGAGUCAGUUGAUCACAGAUUUUACAUUUUCGUACGCUUAAACGUAAAAUUUAAAAUAUGAUGUCGUGGCUAAAGGAACGCAUUUUAAACUGGUUUCAAUUCCUAAUUUUAAAGAUCAUUAAGAUUAGUGAAGUACCUAAACACGUGGCAUUUAUCAUGGAUGGUAACAGACGUUAUGCGAAGAAACAGAACUUGCCGAUAGCAGAGGGAUACUCAAAAGGGUACGACAAAAUGGUUGAGCUGAUAUACUUGUGCAGAACUCUUGAUAUUGUAGAAUUCACGAUUUAUGCAUUUAGUAUAGGGAACUUUAAACGUAACAAAGAAGAAGUUGAUAGUCUCAUGAACCUUGCCAGGCAGAAGUUCAAGGAUUUAUUAGAAGACAAGAAAAAUUGAAGGACAAUGGAAUAUGUGUUCGUGUGUUUGGCAAUUUUUCCCUAUUGCCAGAAGAUUUACGUAAAUUAAUAGCUGAAAUUAUGAUUGUUACUAGGGAAAAUAAGAAAAUAUUUGUUAAUUUUGCUGUUGCUUAUACAUCAAGGGACGAAAUUACUCAUGCAAUUAAGGAUAUAAUACAAGGUGUAAAGGAUAAUGAUAUUUUAUUAGAAGAUAUUAACGAAGAUCUGAUUACUAAUUGUUUGUAUACUUACAAGUCUCCAAAUCCAGAUAUAUUAAUUCGUACUUCCGGAGAAAUUCGACUUAGCGAUUUCCUCUUAUGGCAAAUUUCCAAUACUUGCAUCUAUUUUAUUAAAGUAUUGUGGCCUGAUAUCAGUUCAUGGAAUCUUCUUAGUGUAAUUUUUUAUUAUCAGAGAUAUUAUUCCAGUCUACAAAAAAAUAGAGACAAUUUUUUGGAACCAAUUAUACGUAAUACUAGAGUAUCCACGUAUAUUGAUAAGUUGCAUAACAAACGCGACAUGGAAAUCGAAAAAAUAUAUCAGUCAGCAAUUCAGUCCCAGAAAUAAACAUAUAGAUAUAUAUUUAUAAAUCUACACAUCUGGAAUGUUAUAAAUUUGAUAAGUACAAUCAAAAUGUUCCCUGUGAGUUUCAUAUUUAGAGGGUAUGAUUUUAUUUAGUCUGAAAUUAGACAAAAUAAAUGAAGUA